AUGAAAUUGAAUUCGAAACUGCGCAAUUAUUUCAGCACAUUUUCACGUUUGUUGGGUUUAAAUUCCAGUCGUAAGUCAUUCAGGUAUAAAAAGAGCGAUUUCACGAUGAGCGCCGCGCAGAAGAAGUGCGAAUUGCUGCCGCUCCCCAUAAAAAGCGAGAGCGACAAGAAGGAAUAUCGAGUGAUCAAAUUGGAGAACGAGCUAGUGGCCUGUCUCGUAUCCGAUCUGUCCCCGUUGUCAAUUCUAGCGAACUUGAACGAGAGCGAUGACGAUAACGAGGAAGAUACAACUAGCGAUGAUGAAUCGGAGUCGAGCUUCAAUUCGGCCUCCGGAUCGGAGAGCAUGGAUACCUCCUCGGACGAGAAGGAAAUCAACGAAGAGAAAAUGGCCGCCGCGGCCUUGUGCGUGGGAGUCGGCAGCUUCAGCGAUCCCGCCGACGUGCCGGGAAUGGCCCAUUUCCUCGAGCACAUGGUGUUCAUGGGCAGCGAAAAGUACCCCGAGGAGAACGAUUUCGACGCGUUUAUUAAAAAAAGCGGCGGUAGCAACAACGCCUCCACCGAUAUGGAGCACACUUGUUUCAACUUCGAAGUCCUCGAGAAGCACCUUCCCCUCGCGCUGGACAAGUUCUCGCAGUUCUUCAUCGAGCCGCUGAUGAAGAAGGGGGCGAUGACGAGGGAAAGAGAAGCUAUCGAUUCGGAGUUCCAGAUGGCCUUGCCUUCAGAUUCCUCCAGAAAGGAGCAGCUCCUCUUCAGUUUGGCUAAAUCGAACUCUCCGGUGAACUCGUUCGGUUGGGGCAAUUUGCAGACUCUAAGGGACAACAUUCCGGACAACAAACUGUACGAUGGGGUUCACAAAUUUAGGAAAAGGCACUACUCGGCUCAUCGGAUGACUUUAGCUAUACAAGCGCGAAUGCCUUUGGAUACUUUAGAAGAAUUAGUUAUAGAUUGUUUCUCGAAUGUGCCGAAUAACAGGUUGAAAAAAGACGACUUCAGCGCUUAUGCCAACGAUGUGUUCGAUACUCCGGCGUUUAAUAAAAUAUACUACAUAAAACCCGUAAAGGAACUGAUAAAAUUGGAGUUAACGUGGUGUUUGCCAUCGUUGUUGCAUAAAUAUCGCAGCAAACCGAUGCAGUACGUUUCCUACCUACUCGGAGACGAGGGAAAAGGUAGUUUGUUAUCCUAUUUGAAAAGAAGAAUGUGGGCGAUUUCCGCGCAAGCUGGUAACGAGGAAUCGGACAGCGAGCACAAUACCAUGUACGCUUUAUUCAGCAUGUCUUUAACACUGACCGAUGAAGGCCUCAAGCAUUUGCACGAAGUCAUCGAAGCCGUUUUCUCCUACAUAAGUCUAAUCAAGAAAGUGGGCCCUCAAAGGAGGCUGUUCGAUGAGAUUAAAUUAAUCAGCAACACGUCGUUUAGAUUCGCCACUGAGGAUACUCCGCUGAACAAUGUAGAAUCGUUGAGCGAAUCGAUGCAGCUGUAUCCACCCGAAGACUACAUGGCGGGUUCCGAGUUGUACUACGAGUUCGAUCCUCAGGCGAUAAUGAUGGUAAUGGAGCACCUAACGCCGAGGAAAUUGAACGUUAUGGUGACCACGAAAGACUUGCCCGAGGGUGUUGUGUUCGAUAGAACCGAAAAGUGGUUCGGGACCGAGUACGUGGACGUGACUAUUCCCGAAGCCGUUAUGAAAAAGUGGCUGGACGUGGAGCCUUAUCCGGAACUGAACGUUCCGCCGAUGAAUCCGUUUCUAACGGAUAAUUUCUCGAUUCUACCGGACGAGCCGAAGCAUCCGGAUUAUCCGGAGAAAUUGUUGGAAACGUCGGAGUGCGAGUUGUGGUACAGGAAGGACCAAAAGUUCAAGUUACCGACGGCUAUGUAUUAUUUUUACCUGAUUAGCGGGGAUAGUACUAAAACGGCGAAGAAUUCCGUAUUGUUAGAUUUAAUGAUGAAUUUAUUGUCUUUUGCGAUGACCGAAGAGGUGUAUCCAGCCACUAUAGCUAAUAUAACUCAUAGUUUCAAUGUAGUUGAAAACGGUAUGGUCAUUAAAAUAUGGGGUUUCAAUGAGAAAAUACCUAAUUUAAUAGACGUUAUAGUAAAAUACUUGAAAGAUUUGAACAGUUUCAUUAACGAAGACAUGUUUAAAGCUGUUAAAGAGACCAUCCAAAAACACCAAUUUAACAAACUACUGAAGCCAACGAAUUUAGCUAAAGAAUUGCGCUUGAAAAUACUAAUGAAUAACUAUUGGAUGUCCGAAGAUAAAUACCUGGAAUUACUAAACGUAACGUUCGAAGAUACCACAAAAUUCAUAGAAAAUUUUAAAAAAGAGCUAUACCUAAAAGUGUUAGUGCAAGGCAACGUGAAUCAAGAAGUCGCAUUGGAAACCGUGCAAAAAUUCGUACAAGAUUUCCACUAUUCCCCGCUGCCCAAGGAGCACUACCCUUUGUUUCUCAUAUCGCAAAUACCACUAGGAGAAAAAUACCUACUAGUAGAAUCCUUCAACAAGAACGACUCCAACUCCAUAACGACCAACUACCACCAAGUCGGCCAGUUCUCGUUCAAAACCGACGCCUUAAUCGACAUGCUGAUGUACAUAAUCGAGGAGCCCCUGUUCAACAUCCUGCGAACCAAAGAGCAACUGGGCUACCACGUGUACUGCACGGCUCGAGACACGUACGGCAUCUUGGGCUUCUCGAUAACGGUCGUAUCCCAAGUCGAUAAAUUCACCACGCAGCACUUGGACGAGAGGAUCGAGCACUUCUUGAAGACCACGCCGGCCCUCUUGGACAUGGACAAGGAGAGCUGGGAGUCGCUGAAGGAGGACAUCAUCAAGACCAAGGAGAUCAGCGACGUGUACUUGAAGGAGGAGGUCGACAGGAACUGGUCGGAGAUCGUCAACGACGAUUACGUGUUCGACAGGAUCAAGCGCGAGAUCGAGUCCAUCAGGACGGUGACUUUGGACGAGCUGAAGUGCUGGUGGAACAAGCAGAACCGGUUCGAAGGGAAGGAGAAUUAUAGGAAAUUGAGUAUACAAGUGGUCGGGCAUAGUUUGAAAAGGGCGAAGGAGUGUUGCGAAGGUAACGUGGUCGGGAAUCCGGUUAAAUUAAAUAUUCUAAGCGAUGGUAUAAAAAAUGGCGAGGAAAAUUCGGAUAAAUUUGUUAGCAAUAUUGAUACUUUUAAAUGGAAUUUACUGUUAUAUCCUGUAAGGUCUAUAAAAUAG